AUGUCUUCAGAAAGUGCACAUAGCGAUUCCAGAUUUCUGAGCUUCUUCUCCUAUCUUUCUUCAUGUAUUUCUUCGUUGCAACAGCUAAAAAAGGAACUGAACUUGAAACAACCCGGCUCAUUUGAUAAUCUUGGACGAGAGGCUAAAAAUGUUUCUCCGACGCAUUUGUUAUUCGAAGGUGGGAAGCUUGAUUUGGGAAAAAUACUAAGCAAUCAAUUCCAAGUUUCGCAUUCUUUUAACCUUGCCGCGGGUACCCUUCCAUCGACGUACCACUUUGGGACCGUUUUUGUCGGCAAAUCGGUAGCCCAUUUUAAUUUGAUUGGAAAAGUGCAGCUCUCCAUGAGCCAAAAUCUGACGGCAAAGUGUCAAUGUCAAAUUUCUUCGCGUCCAGGAUAUUCGAUGUUUCAGUCUGAAUCUGAAUACCUGGGCCGGGACUAUACUCUCAAUGCCAAGGCGAUCAAUUUUGACCCAACAAAUCUAACUGGUGUCUUUUCGCUUGGAUACUUGCAAUCAGUCUCGAAAAAUGGCGGCCUUGCGCUCGGGAUUGAGGGCAUCUUGCAGCGCCCUAUGCCUGAGGUCGAAGAUGCCGGCAUGACGUUUAUUGCCAAAUACACCACAGACGCCAAAUCUAUCUUUGUAGCAAACAUUCAGAAUUUUAUUGGAGUUCAGCUCUCGUAUUUUCAUCGCGUAAAUGAAAGUAUUGAAUUUGCGGCAGAUAUGCAGACCAUUCUUGCAGGGCCUCAAAGAGAGGCACUUGCAACCGUUUCUUGCAAAAUGGAACAUAGACAGGCCAGUGUCCGCGCAUCACUUGAUUCACAAGGGAAACUGGGUAUGUUUCUUGAAGAGAGACUCUUUGGAAGACUUGCGCUUUUAAUAUCCGGUGAGAUUGAUCAUCUCAAAGGAAGAAACAAAUUUGGAGUUGGGUUAGCCAUUGAAAGCUGA